AUGACUCAUUGGACCAAGGAGAAAGUUUACCACUAUAUGAAUGUGGUCACAUGGUAUCUUACUCAUGUUAGAGUCAAGAAUCCUGUUUCAGUUCAGCACCACGAACAACUACUUCAGCUACCUGGCGGUCAGUAUUCAAACCCUCAGUUGCGGCAACAAAGAGAGUUGAGACCUCAGUUCAAUUCGUCGAGUCCAAGCUUAACAGUCACACCUGUUGGUUCACCUCAGUUAUCAGCCCAGCAAUGUCUUCUGAACGCACAAGCGAACAUGAUAGACUCACUCCACAAUAGUUCUUUAACAGGCUCAGAAACAAGGAAUGCUUCAGGUCUUCAAUAUGGUUUGGAAAGAUCGCAACAAUGCAAUCUGAGUAGGCCACACCAGACAAGCCUGAUAACUUCUCCUAGUGGUUCUCAAAUUGGAUUAGAACAAAGAACUGUAAGUCCAUUGCAGCAUUGUUCGAUGACAACUGUACAUCAAAAUACUGGAAGCAUGCCAAAAAGGACAAUGGUGAAUGCAUUAGAUCCUACCAUGAAUUCCUUACCAUCAAGCUCUAUUAUAAACCCAUUCCAGCCUAACAUGCAACAACAGAAACAUAAAAUGGCACAGACGCAGAAGUUGAAGCAACCAAUACAACCGCAGUUGAUUGAGCAAAACAGACUGUCGUUGAUGCAGAAGAUGAACGAGGUUAAUGAACCAAAGGUGGGACAGGCCAUUGGUGUCGGUAACAGAAUGCUUCAAGCAGAACAGUUACUGCUUCCAUCAACUCCUAGUCAACUUCCUGCUGCUUCUCCUCAACCCUCUCACAAUUCUUCUCCGCGGGUUGACCUGAAGAAUGCAUUCUUGCCAUUUUCAAAGGCUGGAACACCUUCGCAAUCCACUACUUCACCAUUUAUUGUUCCUUCUCCUUCAACUCCCUUAACUUCAUCAUCUAUACUAGUGGAUUCUCAGAAAAACACUUCCAGUAUUUAUCCACUACCAAUUGCUGAAGAUACAAAACAACCUCAAGCUGUGCCAGCCAAACAGACCGCAAUCCAGAAUCAAUCUAUUGCCACUAGUACACCUGGGAUAUUGAGCUCCCCCUUGCCCACAGAUUUCACCAGUCUAGAAGGCAAUCAGCAAUCACAUGCUCAAGGACAACCAUUUAAGCGCUUACUUGAAGUGGUAAAAUCAAUAUCACACAAUGCGUUGAGUGCCUCUGUACAGGACAUUGGUGCAGUCGUCACCCUAAUUGAUAGAAGAGCUGGAACAUCACCAUUUGGUGAAUCUAGAAAUGGUGUUAGUCAAGAUUUGGCAGAAGAUAUAAGAUAUCAAUUACAAUCAGGUGAUGACUUCAGCUUGCAAUAUGCGACUGUUUCAGAAGAACGGAUGAAUCGCCACAUAAGUGUACUGGCUUUGGAUGCUUUGUCAUCACCGUUCGGUGAAAAUAAUAGCUUUGAGCACAUACGUGGUCAGGUACCUGAAAUGGAGUCCACUGCAACUUCUCAGAUCAAAAGAUCGAAGAUGGAGCCCAAUAUUGUGCUCUUACAAGAGAUUAAAGCCAUCAACAUGCAGCUAGUCGAAACUGUGUUGGAUGUGGUUUUAGAUUGCACCAAAGAUGCAGCUAAAGCUGGUGAAGGAACCAUUGUCAGGUGCUCAUACAAGGCUCUGGGCCUUAGUGAGGACUUUAAGCUGCACUGUGCUUUAUCACAAAUGGUGGGGCUCUAA